AUGUGGUCAACAACCAUUCUUGCUUUUAUAGAGGUUCUCCUUUCCAUCGCCGUUGCAUACCCAACAUCUUUGCAGGCAAACGUCGAUGGAUCAGACAACUCAAUUGCUAUAACGGCACAGCUCCCGAUAGGCUCGAAGGGCAAAUCUCCGCUGCCGCUCCCUGGCUUUCCAGAAACAACCUCGUAUCCUACAGGCCUCGACAAUGAUAACGAUCCCGUUGCCCAACCGGACUACGUCUUUCCAAGCUGGGACUCCGCGCACCUCUUAGCACGUCGUCUCCUUGCCCUUUCGACCACAGGAGUUCUAUCAACCGUCUACCCGCCAAGUUCAUCCACUCGUAAAUCUGCCCUCGAUGGAGUCCCCGUCGGCUUCCCAGACUACAUUGCAGAUUGUGCAAAUGACCCAACCAGCGAACUGACCAAACUUCUUGGUCCUGGAAACCCCCUAAUCCUCGCAUUGAAUAUCGGCACCACCUUCCGCAAUACGAAAGCUGGCUCGAAUAUUUCUUUAUCCAUAGACUGGUGGCAUCAGCUGGCUGCUGGAAAUGUUGCUGGCAUGCAUCGUGUCGAGGAGGUAUCAUUAGCCUCCCUUCCGCGAGUGUCACUUCUAGGCUAUCUCGAUCCGUUGGAGAACUUGUCGGAUACAACACGCAAGGCUGUUGAGAUGUGCUUUGUUGCUGCCCAUCCUGAUGCUGCGUGGUGGUUGCCUGGCCACGAUAGUGCUGCCCAUAGUGGUUAUUGGGCGAAGCUGGUCGUGGAAGAGGCUUAUUGGAUUGGUGGGUUUGGAGAUCGAGCUAGGAUUGGGUGGUUGGAUCUUGAGACUUGGAAGGCAGUGAAGAGGUAUGGGGAAGAUGGAAAUGAAGGGUGGGCGGACGUUAGAUUACCUGGGGAGUAG